UGGGAAAUUGGAACCAGACUGGAAGAAAUUAGUAUCUUUUUAAGUACAGCCAACGCAGACAAUCAAAACAUGGACACGAGUGACGAAAGUUCAGAAGCGUCUUAUAUUUUGGAUGAUUCGUCGGGAAGUUCAGUAAUAGAAAUAGAACCACCCAAAAAAAUGAAAAUUGAAAAACCGUCUUCAGAUCGUUGCACUUUUUGCACCAAGAAAUUCAAACCGGGCGAAAUCCCAAAGCUCGAGGAUCAUCUGAAAAACAACAAGUGCUCGAUUUGCAAUCGGACUUUCAUGUGCCAAUCGAGAUUGGCGACGCACCAGAAAUUGAGCACCACCUGCUCGGAGGGCAUUUCUUCUUCGUCGACAGGCCAUCGGAGAUGCUCGUUCUGCAAAAAAAGUUUCGCCCGUUUGAUCAGCCACGUGCGCAACCGUCGAUGCGGCAAGUGCGAGUGCGAGUUCAGGUGUUUCGGCCUGUUUUUGCGGCACAAGAAAACGUGCCAAAAAACCGCCAAAAACCGGUGCAUGUUUUGCCAAGACGUUUUGCUUUCCUACAAAGAGCACUACGAGCAAAACCGAAAGUGCAAUAUUUGCAGAGCGGAGUUGUCGUGCGCCACUUUGUACCACGAGCACGCGGCCGUCUGUUCGGCGGAAAAUGCAGCUUUUGUUUGCAAAAAGUGCAAAAAGCCACUCUCGAGCAAACAGAACCUGCAGAAACACAAGCAGCUGCGGAUUUGUGACAAAUGCUCCAUCAGGACCAACUGCUACAAUGACUUCAGCAUCCACUUGCAAAACUGCAAUGAAAUUAUAAGACCAAAGUGUAACUUUUGCGCCACCGAGCAAGAUUCAGAGCACGCCCUCGAAAACCAUUCUCGUUCUGUAAAUUGUCCUAGGUGUGGAUUUGAGCAGGCCUGCAGCACUUUACUCGCCAGACACUUGGACGUUUGUCGAUUCGACAUCACUUCGUGCAGCAAAACUCAAAACGUGGAGCAAAAUAAAAAUGUAUAUGGUGAAAGUUCCGAAUCUGAUUUGCACAAAAAGCUGAAAGACAAAAAUGCGAUCGGGAAGAAAAUUUGCGAUUUUCUUUUAAGCAACGACGCGGACCCUGAACUUCUGGAGGAGAUUUCGUCCAUAUUUGUCAAAAAAGAGGACGAUUAG